GUACCUAACUAGUCAGUUAACAUAAAGAAAAUAUUCUCAAUGAAUCUUCUUACAACUCUCUUCUUUGGAUUUCUCAGUCUUACUGGCUUCUGCAAUGGAAUCUGCAUGGAGGAGGAGAGGCAAGCCCUCUUGGAGUUGAAGCAGGGUCUGGUCGAUCAUGCAGAUCGCCUCUCCUCGUGGGUUGCUAGCAAUGGAGAAUGUUGCAAAUGGAAGGGAGUCGUCUGCCAUAACCUGACCGACCGUGUCCUCCAACUCCACCUCAGUGCUCCCACUCAAAUUGUGGACUUGUAUGAUUCUGUGACAUUACAACUAUUCGGUAAGAUAAGUCCUUCUUUGCUGCAUUUGAAGCAUUUGAGUUAUUUGAACCUCAGCAACAAUGAUUUUGGAGGAAUUCAAAUUCCCAAGUUCUUUGGUUCUUUAAAGAGCUUAAAAUUCCUUGACUUAAGCAACGCAGGAUUUGCAGGGAAGAUUCCUCCACACCUUGGGAAUCUCUCCAAUUUGCAGUAUCUCAGUCUUCGUGAUAACGAUUUGUUGCAUGAUGAGAAUCUUCAUUGGCUCUCCGGUCUUUCCUUAUUAAAACACCUUGAUUUGAGUUUCAAUAACCUUAACAAGGCCUCCAAUUGGUUUCAUUUCGUAAACACCCUUCCUUCCUUAUUAGAAUUACACUUGGCUGGCUCUCAUCUCCCCAAGGGACAAGCUGAGGCUUUUUCAAGUGAACUUGGUUAUGCUUGAUCUAUCAGCCAACAAUUUUGAGGGUUCGAUCCCUUGUGGUCUUCAAAAUCUAACUUUUUUGAAAUACCUUGAUCUGUCAAACAAUUAUUUUAAUUCUUCAAUACCUGACUGGUUAUACUGUUUUAGUCUUCUUGAGUUUUUAGAUAUAAGUUAUAAUAACUUGCAUGGUCAUAU